GUGGAGGUCCUAGGAGCCUGGAGAGGGAGACGCCACCAGCACCGCUGCAGAGCAGCGGGCCAGCCCUGGAGGUUGCCCCUCGGACCCGGGCCCAGUCAUCCUCCUCCCCCUUUCUUCACCCCUCGGUCCCGAGAGCCAUGGGUAACUUGAGGCAGCGCUUCCAGAGGUUCCUGGAGCAGAAGAACAUUAUCACUGAUGUCCUGGGGAAGCUGGAGGAGAUCACCGGUAUCAAAAAGUACUACCUGGCUACAGGUUCCAUUGGCUUCCUGGCCCUCUAUCUCAUAUUUGGAUAUGGUGCACCCCUGCUCUGCAAUCUCAUCGGAUUCAUCUACCCAGCAUAUGCUUCCAUCAAGGCCAUUGAAAGCACCAACAAAGAUGAUGAUACCAUCUGGCUAACCUACUGGGUGGUAUACAGCAUAUUCGGCCUGGCUGAGUUUUUCUCUGACAUCUUCCUUUUCUGGUUUCCCUUCUACUAUGUAGGGAAGUGUGCCUUCUUGCUAUGGUGCAUGCUUCCGGCAGCCUGUAAUGGCUCCCAGGUCCUGUAUCAUCGUCUGAUCCGGCCCAUCUUCCUGAGGCACCAGGCUUCCGUGGACAGCCUGGUGACUGACCUGAGUGAACGUGCCCUGGACACAGCGGCCAAUUUGACCCGGGAAGCAACCAAGGCAGACAUGAUUCACCCCCAGAAGAAUAAGUGAAGAGUUCACUCCUGAGUCAGAGGCUUCGAAUGACCGGACACCUUCCUCCCAGCCCCCUCGGCAUCAAGGGAUCCUGGCCCGUGUCUAAGCAGCUGACCCCUUCCAGUUGUAUGUCUCCAGCCAACUCCACCCUCUUGGACUUUAGGGCAUUAGAGAAGUCUCGCCAGGCUGGGAGGGGGGGUGGGCAUGGUGGGGGACCUCUGUCCAUUUAGGUUCUACCAGCACUUGGCCCUGCUGGUACUCAGACUGUUUUAGUAUACCGUUAGCCAUCUGCCUCUGGUCCCCUCUACCACCACUGGCCUCCCACAGGACUCUUGAUGUGUCCUGGCUAUUCCAGCUGCCCAUGUAUUAAAAAAAAAAAAAAAAAAAGUCCUACACAGGCCAAACUUGCUUAACCUCAA